AUGGAACAGUAUCCAGAUGGAUACGUAGAAGUUAAACGUCCAGGUGUAGGUGGGAUGGACGAUGACCAGUAUUCAUAUAGGUCAAGGCAGUAUUCCCAAGAUGCACCUCAACCACCCUCACCUACAAAACCCCAACUUCCCCAUGCAUCCUCCUCAAGCAACGCAACAUCCUCUUCGCAUUACAACCACCACCAGGAAAACCGACAUCAUGCCAACACAAUAUCCAACCCCGAAUCAGCAAAUGCAUCGCGUCCUAGUCUAAGUAACGACAGGAGGCUGUCAUCUGGCCUGGGAGGUGGAAUGGGUAGUCUGGGAAGUGUAAAGACUGCUGCUCAGGAGGAUGUAGUACCCGUUGGGUUUGAUGAGGGUAUACUAAGAGGAUUAUGUGAGAUUGACGGCGCCCUACCGUUGUUAGCAGAUAGGAUAAAGCAGAGUAUCGCAUCUUGUAAACAAGUAGCAGUGUUCUUCCGAUCUCGAGCGGAGAUAGAAGAGAAAUACGCGAGAUCAGUCACUGAGUUGUGUAGAACUACGGGAGAUGUUUAUUCACGGGCGGACUGUAAAGCUGGUACUUUCGUCUCCUCGUAUCAGAGUGGGUUGAAGUUGCAGGAACAACUCGCCCAAAAUAGACUUAGGUUUUCGCAGAGGUUGAAUGAGAUGAGUGAGGAGCUGCUCAGUCUGGCUAGGGAAGGUGAAAAGAUGAGGAAGGUUCACAAGGAUAAUGGUGCGCGAUAUCAAGGGAUCCUCCAAGAAUCCGAGACGGUCAUGGAUAAAGCCAAAAGCCGGUUCGAUGCCACUGCGGAAGAAUUAGAAAGACUGCUCGUAGCUAAAGAGGGUGAAUCAUUCAAGGAUGCUGGAAUGAGGUCUUCCGCUUCUACAUCGUCGACGUCGACUUCUUCGAAUCCUCAGGGAGGUGGAAAGAGAGCUUUAGGGAAAGCAAUGACUAAAGGUGGUUUGUUAUUCAAGGGCAAGGGAGCAGGCUCGAUACAAAGACAGGAAGAUGAUGUUAGAUCUCGGAUGGCCCAGGCGAGCGAAACGUUCAGAAAAGCAGUUUUGGAGAGUCAGGCGUUGAGGCAGGAAUACUUCAAUUUCCAGUUACCUAAGAUCCUCAGACUGCUCAAGGAAUGCGCGGAUGAACUUGAUCUUGGAACUCAAUACCACCUGACAAGAUAUGCUUUCCUAUAUGAAUCAACGCUAGUGUCCGAGGGUACCACUCUGAACCCAAUGAGUGCGGCUGACGAAGGACCCGGUCUCAAGACGAUAUAUGAGAGUAUUGAUAAUCGAACAGACUUCAAGUCGUACAUGCAGAAUUAUGCCGUUGCUAGGGGCACACCGAAAGGACCAAGGAGGGAUGGACCUUAUGAAGAGGGCUUUUUACCGCCCCUUCCCCCACAUAUCCAAAAGUCUGUCGAUGCCGCCUCGCAACCUCAACCUCAACAAUCUUCUUCAUCUCAACCAUCCCACGUAUCUCAAAUAUCGAUUGGUUCCAACUCGACUGCUCUCUCAGCUUCUACAAACGGUACCACCCACCCUUUCCCAUCAAUGCAAAAUACCGCAUCAUAUGGCCAACAACCAAAGAAUCCGGGUCAAAAUCAUAUAUACGAUAAUGGAUCUUCGGAAGGAUGGGUACCUCCCGGUAUACCUGCUUCGACAGGCGCUACUUUCGGUGUAGAUCUAGGUGAACAGCUGAAUAGGGAUGGGGUGGAGGUACCGAAAGUGGUCGAGAAAUGCGCUCAAGCGAUAGAAGCUUAUGGUUUGGAAUCUAUGGGUAUAUAUAGGUUAUCUGGGACGACUUCGAGAGUGCAGGCGCUCAAGAAUGCUCUUGAUAAAGAUAUAGAUAAUAUCGAUGUGAUGUCAGAUGAAUGGUCAGCGGAUAUAAAUGUAGUUUCAGGUGUUUUGAAAUUAUGGUUCAGGGAAUUACCUGAACCGCUUUUGACUUAUGGGUUGUAUCAUUCGUUCAUCGAAGCUGCGAGGUACGAUAAUGAUCGACUGCGUCAUAUUCGACUACAUGAACAGGUUAAUGAGUUACCUGAUCCUAAUUACGCGACAUUGAAAUAUUUCAUGGGUCAUCUGGACCGUGUACGAAGGAAAGAAUCGAUAAAUCAGAUGUCCGUAUCCAACCUCUCUAUAGUAUUUGGCCCCACACUGCUGGGUGCCCCUCCGGAAGAAGGUGGAUUGAAUUUGGAACAUAUGAGUUUCCAAUGUAAGGCAAUCGAAACUAUCUUAGAGAAAUAUAAUGAGAUUUUCGUAGAAGAAGAUGGAGGUAGUAUAGAGGGUGAACAACCACAAUCUGCGCAGGCGUAG